AACAGUGCGGACCACUCAAGGAGUUCAUGAGUGCCAAACAACUCAGGUUCAUCUCAUGUUCACGGCCACGGCGUGUUGAAGUUUUGUCAAACCUGUUUGCGAGUCACCUCAUUAUCGUCAACAGAGCUUCAUUUCUCCAGCUUGAAUAUCCCUCCCGGAGUCCAUCUCAUUCCGCAUUGAGCUCGAUACCCCAUUUUCAAGACGCUAUCCAUUCAUCGUUCGAUUCUCAACAUGUUUUUAGCUGGGGUAUUGGCUCUUUUCUGUCUACCAUUCAUCCUGUGCUCGAAAGUUGUGCAGAACGAUGAUGUCCCCGGCAAGAUCAUCAACCGUCACUUUCCCAAGACUCCAGACUGGAAGCAAAAACCAGAACCGACCCAGUGUAGCCUCGGUUACGCAGGAAAAGUUAUCACACCACCGUCCGGCGCAACCCUAGUUUCCUGUGAGGAUGCCACCCGCCACGAGUCACUUUGCGACCAAGGAUCUUGUCACAUGGGCCAACCAGACCAAACUCCAGAAGAAAAACCACUCAGCAAGUUCUUAUACUUUACUGGUUGUGUAAGUAUGAAAGAUCAGGCUUUUGGCAAGAAACCAGCGAAACGUUACACGGUCUAUCCACGCGAGUAUGAAGUAGUCUAUGAGCUCAGAAAGAUAGUUGUUCAAGGCUAUGCGGCAGAGAUUGAAGGGAAUUUGGAAGACAACUAUAUUUGCACAUGGACUGACCAGUUAGAACAAAACUUCCAGCGUGUUUCGUGUAACAAUUGUACGGAGACAAAUUGGGAUUGAAGUGAUUCUUCUCCCCAUUCCUCACGAUUCAAUCUGAGAAGUGGUAUUCUUCUUUUUUUCAUUCCAAAAUUUGCUUCAAAUGAACAAGAUAUAAUGAGGAAGCAAUACUGCUUUUCCAAUGUUUCACUUGCAUUUGUUCUUGAUGUUACUCCAGGUUUAAUAAAUGGCUUGGUUGAUUUAUUCUGAAAAUAUGUCACAUCUACAAAUGUUUUCCAUAAAUGCAUUACAUACCAAUAUUGAAAGUAUUAUUUCAUGCUCUGGUUAUCUAUUUAUAACACAGACAAAUGUUAUUCAUAAGACAUUUAUG